UGACUCUGAAGCUUCCUUCUUUUUCAUAGAUAUCCUAAAUAUUACCUACGUAUUCUACACUUCAAGACAAGCCAAUUCCUCUUGAACCAAUCCGGACAGAACUAGCUCUUACUCUCCCCGCAUCUUCAUCCACCACUACCAACACUUCAAUCCUACCACUACACUACCAACAACACCAAUCUCAAGAAGACAACCACAGUCCGGCCUUCAAUAAUUCCACGCUGGACACCCCAUAGAACAGAAGUCACCUACCAAUUCAGUCACAACCCCAAAGACAAUUGAGACCAUCCACCCGGCGCACGCCUGAGCGGUGGAAUGCACGAUACGGCUGAGCUCACAUCAUAACACCUCGACAUCUCCAACCUCACAAACCACACCCCCAAUGUCCACCUUAAGCGCCACAAUCCCCUUCACAACGCACCCACACUUCCCACCUGCGCCGCGGGCGGCAGCAGCAGCAGCAUCAGAACCAAGCCCCCAUGGCAAGAAGCGGCCGGCCGACAGCUCGCUGGAGAACGAGCAGCGCCUGAGCAAGCGUUUCGACCUCCUCAACCUAGAUAAAAACGGUUCCCUCCUCUACAUCCCCGUCCCCGGCUCCUCCGACCCACCCCAACCCUCCUCCUCCUCCUCCUCCUCCACCUCCACCUCCCUCACAAACUACAACACCACACAGCCGACAUCCCUCUCCGCCCCCGUCGUCCCCUCAAAACCCAAACGACACACCCACCACCACCCUCCCUCCCUCUCCUCCGACUCCGACUCCAUGGACCUCGACCUCGACCCCUCCCUCUCCCCCCUCUCCUCCACAGACGCAGACGCAGACACAGAAACCAUCGAAUCAACACCCACGCACCCCAUCUUCCUCCCGGACAUCGAAAAACACCUCUCCAAGAUACCCACGCACGUCCUGCGCGGCGAGGGGCGGGAGAUACACCACAUGCUCUCAACCACUCCCACCCCCACGAUUGCGGGAGGCGAGCUGCAGGCGACGAGGGAUAAUCAGUUGGUGUUGUAUAGUAUUCCUGGUAGUCUGACGGUGCCGGAGGAGCAGGAUAGGGUGAGGAGGGCGAUUGCGGAGGGGGAGGGGGAGGAUGGGGAUGCGAUGGAUUUGGAUUGAGUGGGUGAGGAAGUGGGUGGUGUUUUUGAAUGUGUGCGUUUUUUUUAGCGGGAUAUGGAGUUCAUCAUUUAUAUACGGAGUAUCUCGUAGUAGAGGUAUGGAAUUCAUUUUUAUACGAGUGAGACUUGGUCGGAGCAGAAGAAGUAGAAAGUAACGAGAAGGUAUUAUUUCAAUAAGGAAUUCAGAUUCAAUCAAAUCAAUUGAAUAUUAAGUUCAAAUUUCAUGAA